AUGGCAGAGCAGGAGGAGAGGCAGAUAACCGUGCUGGACACGCCGGUGCCUGGUCCGUCGCGGACGGGACGAGCCGUGGCUCUUGCCCGUUUACUACACAACGAAUGCAGUAACCUUCUCCAGCUAUAUAAAGCCAAGGAGACCUUUUUGUCAGACCACACCCCAAACGGCGGCCGCAUCGUGUCCCUGACCCCAGACUCGGAGGAGCCCAGCACCGAGGAGCAGGUGCAGCUGCUGCACGCGGCUCUGCGGCAGUGCCUGGGCCUGAUCCACUGUGUGAUCGCAAAAGAAGAAGAGGAAUGGGGUGAGAUGGAGGGCGACUACGAGACCAUGAAGAAGACUGUACGAGCCCGACUGGAGCACCUGCUCAACAGUACCAAAGCUCUGGCUGAGACUGAGGACUUGACCCUGGAAGUCACCCCAGACCACCAGUGUAACGAGGAAGUCGAUGGCGCUGUGGGAGCUUUUGCCCUCAAAAUGUGGACCUUUCGAGUGCUGCAGGAGCUCAUCCACUGGGCUGACAACGCUGCACAGACCCUCCACGUUUUACACAAAGAGAGGGAAGGAACAGAAGAGAUUUAAUCUUUGUUUCAAUCCAGCAUCAACUACAAAUGAAUGAAUGAAUGAACUCGACACUAACAGCCAGCUUUCCCUUUGACAUAUUCCAAAUUAAAUACUGUGUGAAUACUAGAGGUUAAAACACGCGCUGCUUAACUAAAAUCACAACUAAGCUCCUUUUAACAAAGCUCAGCAGACGUUUCUCCCCAGACGUUGGUAUUUCCACAGCAAGUGCUAAAAUGACCUCUAGUUUGCCACAGUUGCUAUUUCCUUUUGACAAAGAAGCGA